UCAAACCGUCUCUUCUCGGAGACACACACUCCCAUAAAGGAACCUUUGGCGCCAAAAUUCAAUAUCAAAUUCCACAUUUCUCUCUGUUCCUCCAACUCUUUUAUCUGCAUUCUGAUCGCUAUACGAUUUCAGGUUCCGUCAGGUACACGAGGAACGAGAUAGUGAUAACUGAGUUUCGGUAAAAUUGUCUGGUUCGGAGAUGCUGCCUUUAUUUCAUUUUAAAUAUUGUUAUCGUUAUUGAGUUUGAUUUGAGCAACUGUUCAUGGUGUGCUUGAAGCAAAAAUUAUGCUUCUGCAGGCUGUUGAUCAUAAAUAAAAUAAUUUCACGAUUACAUGUGAGGUGUAUUUGCCAUUAGACAUGUGAAGCCUGUAUUUGAAAGCUGAAAUGAGAUGCAAUGCAUGCUGGCGAGAAGUAGAAGGACGAGCGGUUUCCACUACAUGUGGUCAUCUGUUGUGUACGGAUGAUGCCAAUAAGAUAUUGAGUAACGAUGGAGCAUGCCCAAUCUGUGAUCAAGUACUUUCAAAGAGCCUCAUGAAGCCUGUAGAUAUCAAUCCCAACGACGAAUGGAUAAAUAUGGCCAUGGCUGGAAUAUCUCCACAGAUAUUGAUGAAGAGUGCAUACAGAAGUGUGAUGUUCUACAUUGGCCAAAAAGAACUGGAGAUGCAAUUUAAGAUGAACCGGAUUGUUGCUCAAUGCCGGCAGAAAUGUGAAAUGAUGCAAGAGAAGUUUACAGAAAAAUUAGAGCAGGUUCAUACGGCUUACCAAAAAAUGACCAAGAGAUGCCAGAUGAUGCAGCAGGAAAUCGAGGUCUUAACCAAGGACAAUCAAGAACUCCAGGAAAAAUUUGCUGAAAAAUCCAGGCAGAAGAGAAAAUUAGAUGAAAUGUAUGACCAACUAAGGAGUGAGUUUGAGUCAGUGAAGCGGUCUGCCAUACAGCCUGCAAGCAACUAUUAUAACAGAAAUGAUAAUGAUUUGUUCUCUAAUCCACCUAACAUUAUGGAUGAGAGACAAACUGGCAGAAAAGGUCUGCUGGUAUUCACUCCUGACACUCCAGGGCCAAAAGAGGAUGUGUGGCCUGCAAGACAGAAUAGCAAUAACUCUGGUGGCCGCUUUGAUAUCUCUAUUGGCUCACCGGCUAAACAAGCAGUCAGUCCAGGGAAUGCAGGGAACAGAAAGGUUGGUGCUCACCCAGUUUUUGGAGCUGGUGGCACAAGCAACCCUUCAAUGAAUCUGAGGAACUUGAUACUUUCUCCAAUAAAGCGGCCUCAGCUCUCACGUAACCGGCCCCAAUUAUUCACGUUAUAACCUCAGACUAUGCUCAACCAUCUAAGACUCAAGUUAAGCUGUCUCUUCCGGGUUGUUUCUGGCUUUAGCUUUUUUUCCCUUCCUUUAUGGCGAAACAAAAAGGCGAAAGUAACUCUGUUGUCCUUCUUUUAAUGAAUUCCUAGUUUUCUUUGGAUACAUAUUCGUUUUAGCACUUGCAUGCUCUAAGCUGCCAAGACACAAAAUGCAUAUAUUAUUUCUCUUUCUCUGCAUUCGAUUUGUAGAAUGCAAGAUAUAUAAUAUUAGCAUUACAUAGGGUCGGAAUACAGGAUUUUUAUGUUGGUGAAAUUU